UCAGUGCAUUAUGAAAUACUAAAAUUUAGAACCUGUGAUAGGAGAUAAGGAGGUUGUUACAAAUCACGUGACUACAGAGUAGAUAUUUCGUUAUUGUGUUGACCCGAAACUCGCUACAGUAUGUUUAGUGUAAAACUCAUUGUAUUUCUUACAACCGUGGCAUGUGUGCGGAGUUUCGGUGUGUUCAGAGAUCCGCCAGGUGACUGUGUCGGCGAAUGUCCAACAGUAUACGAGCCUUUGUGCGCUUCAGAUGGAAAGACUUAUGUUAAUCAGUGCUAUUUGACAAACGCUUUGUGCUCGGAGCCUACUCUGUACCAAAAGCACGCCGGUGAAUGCGCGAGUGUUCGUGCGCGCGGCAUCAUUUGCACGACACCUUGGUGCUGGCCCGUACACGAGCCGGUCUGUGGGUCGGACGGACGGACAUACGAGAACGUUUGCGAGCUGAACAACGCCAUGUGUGACAACGAGCACCUGAAAGUCCAACAUCGGGGCCCGUGUACACCGACCUUUUAGAUGAUUUAAAUAAGACUCAUUCUUUGAAAACGAGGAAACAUGCAUAUGCGUUACGUGUCAUCAAAGAUUCACCCGUGCACUCUUCACAGGCCAAUCAAGGUUGACACUUUCCGUUUUAAUGGGAUUCUCGAUUAGAAGAGACUUCCGUUUAACGAAAAGUUUCAUAAAGGAGGACACGUUACGCACAUGCAUUAAACCCCAUUUUCCUAGACUGAGGCUAUAUUGUAAUCUUGACCCGAGCAGUCAUCGAUUGACCCAUACUUUAUCGCUUAUGAAAAUGUUGACAUGUCCUUAUUGAUGUAUAUUCCAUACACUGAAAUAAAAAAUUCAACCAUC